UAAAAGGGCACUCGCAUUCUUCAGAAGUCAGUCAGUAAUUAGAUUUUGUUAAAUAUCAUCCAAGAUGUCUCGUCUGGGGAUGUUUGUCUGCCUGAUGGUGUUAGUGGCCCUAGCCGCCAGCGCAGAGGUGCCAAAUAACAUGAAGGUUCCCGAACCGCCCAAGGACGGAAUUCGCCAUGACGCCCAAGUUCCCCCUCCUCGUCCCGAAGGUCAUCCCGACACAUCCCGGCCUGAUGGAAGACUAGACCUGCCCAAGGAACUACCCAAACCGGAUGCCAAGUCAACCCAAGAUGGAAAGAGUUAAAUAGUAAUGUAAAAUGACCAGUUUAGACCAAAGCACACCGAAUUUUCUUACUUUUUGUAUUGUACACGUAUCUAUGUACUUAGUUUUAAUUUGGAAAGCAUUAUAAUUUAGCUGCAGCUAUUUCA